UCUGAGCGCAAUAAAGCAUACUGACUGCAGACAGUCUCCAUAAGAGACGAAACACACUAAGCCUAUAGAUAGACAGUACAAAGGGAGCCACUGGGUGCAGGCAGCUCAUUUUACACAGCUAAACAAAAGGAAGAAGUCAUACUUUAUAAACACAAGCUGCACUUUUAGGACAUGGGCAUGCAUGGAUCCAAGCCUCGGAAACAAGCCCAGGUACUGAUGCUGGGUCUGGACGGAUCAGGAAAGACUACCCUGCUCUACAAACUGAAAUACAACGAGAGCGUGGUGACCGUGCCAACUGUGGGCUUCAACGUGGAGACUCUGGAGACCGACAGGAGCAGCCCGAGCCUGACGGUGUGGGAUGUGGGGGGCCAGAGGAAGAUGAGGCCCCAUUGGAGGCAUUACUAUACUGAUACAGACGGACUGGUGUUUGUGGUGGACAGCUGGGAUCAAAAGCGGCUGGAUGAGUCCCGCAAGGAACUUAAUCGGGUCCUGAGGUCCGAGAGUCUCAGAGGAGUUCCUCUCGUGAUCCUUGCCAACAAACAGGACCUCCAGCGGGCUCAAAGCCCAGAAGUGCUUUGCCUCACACUGGACCUGGGGAGACUGUGCGAGGGCAGGACCUGGUUCAUCCAGCCCUGCUCAGCCACCACCGGCAUGGGACUAGAGGAAGGUUUCAGGAGGAUCGUCUAUCUGAUGAAGACUCCAUUUAAACAGACUCAAGAGGACAUUAAGGUUAAGAUGAAGUCUAAGGGCUUCAGUGUCACAGCUAUGAAACAAGUCUUUCUCUGCAGCAGAUGAUGGAUGGAAAUCUUUUUUGGAGAUUCAUUCAAAUGAUAUACAGGAUUCUUUCUCGUCUGCCUGUGUAAAUCAUCCGCAAAAUGGCCUCACUGUGGCAGUCUAAAGUGUCAAAGGAUAGGAGGUGAUAACAAAAGGGUUGAGAUUAUCACCGUUUUGAGUGUCUCUGUGGCAGAAAGAACCUUUACUCAAUCCUGGUGAAGUCAAAGUGUCUGUGGACUAUAGCGAUCAGCCAUGAAGAUGCUGGGAUCUUGGGUUAUGACAGCAGGCGUGUCAAAACUGAUAUGAGCCGUUUGUAAAACACAACGAUAAAUCAGUCUGCGAGUGUUCAUACUGUACAAGGAACAUUGUAUUUGUAUUUGUUUGGUCAAGUUUCUGUGGCUCAAAGAAAUACUGUUCUCCAAUUGCGAAACAUCUCUUUGUUUGUUUCACUAUUAUUUGUAUUCAUAUUUGUAUUCCUUUUUAUAAAACAUAAAGACUGGCAUGGAUUGACACAGCCAGUGUUGUCACACACUAUGUAUACACACACACAUAUACACAUAUACACAUAUAUAUAUAUAUAUAUAUAUAUAUAUAUAUAUAUAUAUAUAAUAUUGAUGAUAUAUGAUAUAUAUUGUUACAUUAUACAAAUUAAAGCCAUGCCAAAACUGUCAAAUCUGUCAAUUCGAGUCAUGUUUGUUUAUCGUUACACUGGUGAAGUUUCAGUUUUGUUUUGUCUAUUUGUUGCAUUGAAAUAAAGAAUAAUAUCUGCAAUCAAAUGAGGUGGUUCUGAGUGUGGGUGAUAAUAUAAAAGCUUUGCUUUAAAACAAUACUCACAUGUACAUUGUACAAUGCAAUUGUUCCUUCUGUCCACACUGAAUUUAAAGAGAUCCUCUCGUGAUUUGGAAAAGGGGGACAAAAUCUACAGUCCAUUUUUCGUGCAGAAAUGCAUUUCAACGUUCAGAAAAAGCUAAUACGAGGAGGCUCCAGCAAUCUGAAAGCCCUGCCUUGGUAUAAAAAGAAGAAAUUUAGCAUUACAUAUUGUAUAACAAUAAAGGCUACCUUAUCAAUCAAAUUGUAGUUGAA